AUACUUCGCCUAAAGAACCGGCGGGGUUUUCCUCCACCUUUCCUCUGCAGGGGCUUUCAAAAACGGUGGAAACAGGUGUAUUUGAGCAACUCAAGAUGUCUCUUCUCCCUUCGAGGUUCAUCUACGUGUGUUUACAUUUCCUGGUCCUCUAUUUCCAGCUACAGGAAUCUCAGCAGAGUUCUGCUGAUUUCCGGAUCUACAUCGAGAACCACACAAGGAAUCCGGACGACUUGAGCCGGAAACAGGUCCGUAUCUACCAGCUGUACAGUCGCACCACUGGCAAGCACGUGCAGAUCCUGGGAAAGAAGAUCAACGCCAACGGGGACGAUGGGGGCAAGUAUGCUCUCCUUGUGGUAGAGACAGAAACGUUUGGGAGCCACAUCCGAAUAAAAGGGAAGGAGAGCGGCUACUACAUCUGCAUGAACAAGAAUGGCAAAAUCAUUGGAAAGCUCAACGGGAGGAACCAGGAGUGCGUCUUUGUGGAGGAGUUCCUGGAAAACAACUACACGGCACUGGUGUCGGCCAAGUACAAAGGGUGGUACCUGGGCUUCAAUCGGAAGGGGAGACCCAAGAAGGGCUCGCGGACGACGCAGACACAGCAGGAAGUCCAUUUCAUGAAGCGGCACCCCAAGGGCAAGGUGGACCCACUGGAGGAAUUCCGCUUCACCACAGUAACCAAACGGACACGCAGGGCACGGCGCUUAAAGCCCAACUCCAAUACGAACUGAGGGGAGGGCUGACAGACAAGUGGGGAGCCCCUGGAGCCCCUUUUCCAGGGAAACCAUGUGCUCUUCUGCCUUAAACCCUUGAGACGAUCGUCGAAAUGGCGACGACGACAACGACAAUGAUAAAAGGAAAAAAAAGAAACUUCAAAAAAGAUGUUUUAUUUUUAUACUUGAGGAGUGUUAAGAAGCUCCCAACUGCUGGAUGUUUCUGGGUUAUUAUAAUUAUUAUUAUUUGUCUGUUACUUUAUUUAUACUGGAUAGACUAUGGAAGAAAAGAACACUCAUGCCAACAUCAAGUUCGACUGCAAUUUCAAGUUAUUGAUGAUAUAUCAUUUUUUUGAGGGGUCGAUAAAAAAGUCAGCUUUUGUGGGAAUCCUGUCAUUUUUUGAGAGGAUAACCACAGGUGAGAUGGAUGGAUACUGAAUUUUCCACUGGGAUUAGACACCAUGGAGACCAAAAGGGACAGAGACACAACCGCACACAUGACAUGAACUCUUUAGCUUAGCUUUAAGUGCAAUAUUUUAUUAAUUUUUUUUAAAAGCCCUGUUCUUUUGGUAGAACCAUUCAGACGUGGUUGGUCCCCAGCUCCACUAUGACCUUUGACCUUUUCCGGAUGGAAUGCUCUGAACUUGCUGUGUACUGUACUAUUUUUUAUUGGAAUUUUUGUGCAACCUAUGAUUCAGCUCGAAACAACAGGCCUAGACUCGCCUGACAUCAGCAAUGACAGUAGUCUCUAGUGUAAACAGAGUGAGAUUGACUGAAAACCCUGGUGUACCGCUCUGAUUUGGAACAGUAGAUAUACUGUCAUAAGACACUUCCUGACCUGACAAUUUGUUGUGGUGGGGAAAAAAUCCACAGACCCAGUACCCAGGACUAGAUAUAUUCUUGACCCUCUCAACACAUUGUCCCCCAGUCCAUCUGAAUUCAUUUAUCAUUUUAUGAUAUCAAAUUUAUGAUAUUUAAAAUCUGUGGUAGUUUUAUACCUCUGAUAGUGAAAAAUGUAUCACCCUCUCCCCUCCUCAAACCCCCUCAGUUUAGAUAAAAUACAUACAAAUCUAUAGUGGUUACGCUACCACGCAAAUAUGUGCUGGACUGUACUGGGCGUCUGCACCUCUUUCAUUUUUCCUGCUGCAUUUCACAGACGAAUACAGCGCUUUUUCUCUGACCCCCACAAGUAAAAUACACAGAGGUUCCCAAUGGCGGGACAUGUCAGCGAUGUCCCUGCUCUGCUUUUGUUGUUGCCUUGGUGGCUGCCCAACUCCUCUGCUUAUUUCUGACAUAGAGGCACACUGUCAAGACACCAUGCCACCAGCAGUCUUCACAAAUUCAAGUGAGGUACUUGGGUGAACAUGUUUACGGAUUUUUUUAAAAACACUCUGACCCCAACCCUCCACCACCAUCACAUGCUCACAUAGUAAAACUGAAAUUCAAAAUCGGACUGUAUGACUAAUGGAAAAUCUUGCCCUCAGAGCACACAGGAAUAUUUGACAUUAUUCUAUAUCCUCAGAGAAUCCUCAGCUCAUGAAUUUUUUUCCAGGUUCUAGGAGCUGGUUGUUGGAGGACUUGGAGUUGUGGAGCCCAGAGACGGCUAGAGACUGUCACUGUGUCACAUGGCAGGGCCACUGUCAGCAGGCCUGUGUUAUAUACUCAGCUGCCAUGAGGCAGUUUUUUAUAAAUUGUGUAUGAGAAGCUACUAAC